GCUCCUACCACAUCUACAAUGGCCACAGCGACGAACAGAGUCCUCCGAGUCGCUCUACGCGGCGAUAACAUCCUCACCCAUCCGCGCUUCAACAAAGGGACAGGCUUCACAGCCUCCGAACGCAAAGCUUUCGGCCUGAGUGGCCGACUUCCCCACCGUAUCAACACACUUGAAGAACAGUACAAACGAGCAUACGAACAGCUUCGUCUCGACGAAGAACCACUUCGCAAGAACACGUUCCUACAAAGCCUCAAGGACCAGAACUGGGUCUUGUACUAUGGAUUGCUCAGCAGGCAUCUCAAGGAGCUCAUCCCAAUCAUUUAUACGCCUACCCAGGGUGAUGCCAUCGCGAACUACUCCCACCUCUUCCGCCGGAGCGAAGGCAUGUAUCUCACGUUUCCAGAGCUGGAUUCGAUGGAAGAGGACUUCCUUGAACAGACCAAGGAUCGCGACCUCCAGCUGUUUGUCGUAACCGAUUCCGAAGCAAUCCUUGGUAUUGGCGAUCAGGGCGUUGGUGGCAUCGGCAUUGCAACUGCCAAGUCUGCCAUCUAUACACUUCUAGGAGGUAUCGAUCCGUCUAAAACCCAGGCUGUUGUCUUGGAUGUCGGCACGGACAACGAGAAGCUGCUCAACGACCCCCUCUAUGUUGGUUGGCCGAACCGACGAAUCCGAGGAAAGGCAUAUGACAGAUUCGUUGACAAGUUCGUGCAGCUCGUGCGCAAGCACUACCCCCACAGCCUAUUGCACUUUGAAGACUUCGGCGUGAACAAUGCACAACGGCUGCUUGACUUCUACCGCGACAAGCACGCUGUGUUCAACGACGAUGUGCAAGGCACGGGCGCAGUGACUCUCGCCGCGCUCAUGGCCGCCGUAGGCGUCACGAAGAGCAAACUUGCCGAGCAACGCAUUGUCGUCUACGGCGCCGGCACUGCAGGGCUCGGCAUCACCAAGCAGCUCCGUGACGGCAUGGGCACCAUCGACAACCUCUCCGCCGCGGACGCCAACAAGCGCUUCUACCUCCUCGACCGCUUCGGGCUCGUCAAGGAGUCUCUCGGUCCCGAAAAGAUCCGCCCCGCCCUGCACGAGUUCGUCCGCCCGGACGCGGAGUGGGCCGACGUGCCGACGAACGACAAGGGCGAGAUUGGGCUGCUCGAGGUCGUGAAGAAGGUGCGGCCGACGGUGCUCAUCGGCUGCUCGACGAGCGCGGGCGCGUUCACGGAGGAGAUCAUAAAGGAGAUGGCCAAGGGCACGGACAGGCCGAUCAUCUUCCCGCUCUCGAACCCCACCCGCCUGGUCGAGGUCACGCCCGAGCAGGCAAACACCUGGACGAACGGCAAGGCGCUCAUGGCGAGCGGCAGCCCCUUCCCGCCAUGCAAAAUGCCGAACGGGAAGAUGUACGAGAUUGCGGAAUGCAACAAUGCGCUCAUAUACCCUGGCCUUGGCUUCGGCGCGAUGAUCACACAGGCUCGCAAGCUCUCCGACACAAUGAUCAUCGCGGGCGCGCAGAAGCUCGCGUCGCUGUCCCCCGCGCACAAGGACCCCGACAACGCCCUUCUACCGGACUUCGCGCACGCGCGCGAGGUGAACACGGAGGUGGCCGUCGCUGUUGCGGAACAGGCCAUCGCAGAAGGCGAAGCGGGCGUAGACUGGGACAAGGAGGAGGUCAGGGACAGAAUUGCGGAGCGCCAGUGGAUCGCCGAAUACCCGCACCUUGUGUUCGAUCCCAAGGGCGAACGGUAGGUGGUGUGGAGUUGCUUAUGUUGUGUUUGUGGAAUGUGGCACGGACUUUUGUAAAUGAUACCAGGAUAUCCUCGAUUCUGCCAGUCUUUCCGACGUCUAUUAUCCCACGGAAUAUGUAUGAUACAUCGCGCCAAUGCGCAAGAAUACAGCGCCAAUAUAACAUGACAAUUUGCAAGAGUCCGUUGGCCACAUGACAACAGACAGUGAAUGGGAAGUAGCAUCCCAACGACGAGCUUAUUUCCUUGCGAACGUGAUCUUGAUCUUGUUCUCCCCGUCCAGCUUGUAGUUGUGAAGCGCAUCCUUCGCCACCGUAGCACUUGCCUCGUCCAAAAACUCCACGAACGCGAUAUCCUUCUUUGUUGGGAUAAGACGGACCUCGUACAGGUUCGGAUAUUGUGAGAAGAGCGCCAUGAGCUGGUCCUUGGUGACCGUUUCGGGGAGGUUCUGCAAGAAGAGAAUCUUGUUGGGCGGUAGGUACUCGUCGGGCAUCUGCACGUUGGGGCGUUUUGCUGUUGGAACAGCACCGGCACCAUCGACUUCUGCAGCCAGGCGCUUCUGGCGAUAUUUCCGCUUGAUAGGGUUGGUGUAUCGUGUCGCCUUCUUAUGCUCCAAUCUCCUCUGUUUGUGCGCAUCAAAGCUCGCUGGAUCCUUCUUCUUCACCACCGCAUCCGACUUCGUCCUCGCGAACGAGAUUUGCAUAGGUUUUGAGUAGAGCGGGAACCCACGGACCUCCUUGAAUGCCUUCUUCGCAAUCUCCGGCGACUCGAACGACACAAAAGCCUGCCCGCGCAUGCGCAAGUUGCUGUGCGCGACGACAUCCAGCACCUCCCCAUAAGACUUGAAGAGACCGCGCAAUGACGCCUUGAGUACGGGGAUUUUGAUCUUUUCGUUGAGAUUUUGGAUGUAGAGCGUUUCUGUAGCGACCUCCUCUUGUGGUGGGGCAGCGGGUGCGGCGACGGGUCCCUCUCCAGGGACAGGGGCGGGAGCGACGAUGUUGGUCUGGAUGCCCUGCAUGGCAUCCACAGCCAUAGGAGGAGC